CAAUACUUACGCUCUCUAUCAUUUGCGUCUCAAUAUUUUCCUGCACAUUGUUAUAUUAAUGGAUCUUUCUUCUGGAUUCAAACGCUUUCUUCUAUUUUUUGUGUUGAUACAGUUUCUUUAGAUGUAGCGUACUUCUUGUAUAUGCACGCAUAUGUUCUUGUUUCUUAAUUUCUGGAAAUACUUCUUGUACAUGCGCGCAUAUGUUCUUAUUUCUUAAUUUCUGGAGCUAUCAACGUUCGACGAAGGACCUGAACUUUUAAUAUGUAUUUUGGCAAGGUUGAAACGAAGAACAGAACAACAGGAAGGUGACGGAAAACAAUUACAAUAUUUUAAGUGGUUUAUUUGUAUUCUAAGCGGAAAUGGUAACAUAUUUGUAAAUCGCACGCAAGUGAGAGCAUGUGUUUUAUUGCUGGUAUGAAGUGUAUACAAAAUACGGAAAUGCGAAAGAGGGUAUAGGAAUACGUUAUGUCGAUCAAAACGUGACCUACCGUGGUGCUGUUGAAUUUUCGAGAAAUGUGACGCGGAGGCAAGAUAAAUAUAAAAUGUUUACUACCAUUUUUAAAAUAUUGAUAAAAAAUUACGUAAAAUUUAUCAGAUUUAUUGACGGAUAUUUUUUACUUCCAUAAGCAUAUGUGUAAUGAAUGAAAAUAUUGGUACUUGAAAUAUGUAGUGCAGAUAUAUAAUGGAAAAUUAUACUAACAACGUGUUUUACGAAAACAGUACCGUAAUCUUCGUUAAUGCAACAGUAGAAAGUAACGGAACUAAAAGCACAACUGGCUUUACCAGAGACGAGGACUUGGCAAAAAUUGAAAUAAUUGUUCAGAGUGUGAUUUUUGUGCUUGCUGUUGUCGGAAAUGGUACAGUGCUUGGGGUCUUGUUGUUUAAGAGGGUGUCGCUCACUCGAAUGCAUCUGCUUAUGCUACAUCUUAGCAUAGCGGAUCUUUUUGUCGCUUUCGGAAGCCUUCUGCCUCAGCUGGCCUGGGAUGUAACAUUUGUUUUCAAAGGUGGAGAUAUCUUAUGUAGACUUGUAAAAUAUACUCAGACAUUAACCAUUUACGCUUCUUCGUAUGUCUUGGUGAUGACAGCUAUUGACAGAUACCUAGCUAUAUGUCACCCACUUGUUAGCCGGAAAUACUCUUCAAAAAUUGUAAAGAAGAUGGUCGUCAUAGCUUGGACGCUUUCAUUAUUGUUCAGCAUUCCACAAAUUUUCAUAUUUUCAUACAGGCUGACUCCGUAUGGUAUUUAUGACUGCUGGGCCACAUUUCAACCCGAAUGGACUUUGACAUUCUAUAUAACAGCAUUUACAAUCCUUGUUUACAUUAUUCCAACUUUAAUUUUGAUAUUUUGCUAUGGAAACAUAUGUUUAGCAGUAUGGAAAAGUAACAAAGUUGGCGAAAGGAUAUCAUCAAUAUCAAAACGUCUGCGUUCUAAUAGGCGCUUGGAUGACAAAAAUAAAGUCCGCACUAAAUACCGGAAGUCAGAACAUUUGAAUUUAUCGGGCGGUAUUUUCAGCACGGAAACAAGACAGAUUUCCACCCAGAUUCCAGGAAAAACGGAUAUUACGAAACUAGCAAACAGACGUAAAAGUUCAAGUGGAAUUACCAGAGCAAAACUGAGAACGAUAAAACUCACGCUAACUGUAAUUUUCUGUUACAAUUUGUGCUGGUCUCCAUUCUUUGUUGCGCAAAUGUGGGCAGUGUAUGAUGAAACGGCGCCAUUCAAUGCGUCUACGAACCAAACCGUCUAUGAAUUACAGCGUCUACGAAUAACAACGUCUACGAAUCACAGUGUCUACAAACCAAACCGUCUACGAAUCACAGUGUCUACGAACCAAACCGUCUAUGAAUUACAGCGUCUACGAACCAAACCGUCUAUGAAUCACAGCGUCUACGAACCACAGUGUCUACGAACCAAACCGUCUAUGAAUCACAGCGUCUACGAACCACAGCGUCUACGAACCAAACCGUCUAUGAAUUACAGCGUCUACGAAUAA